AUGGGGUUCUUCACUGACGCAUACGAUCUCUUCUGCAUCACCGCCGUCACGAAGCUCAUCGGCCGACUCUACUACUUCGACCCAGCACUCCCAAAGCCUUCCGCGCCAGGACCGGGGAAGGUCCCCAUAGACAUCAACAACGCCAUAACUGGAGUUGCUCUGUGUGGGACUCUAGCUGGACAGCUCUUCUUCGGAUGGCUUGGAGACAAGCUCGGCAGGAAAAGAGUGUAUGGGAUUACCCUUGUGACCAUGGUGGGCUGUGCUCUAUGCUCUGGCCUUUCCUUUGGCUCCACACCCAAGAGCGUGAUUGGUACCCUCUGCUUCUUCCGGUUCUGGCUUGGGUUCGGCAUCGGAGGAGACUACCCACUCUCGGCCGUGAUCAUGUCUGAAUACUCCAACCAGAAAACCAGAGGAGCGUUCAUUGCUGCAGUGUUUGCGAUGCAGGGGAUGGGUAUUCUCUUCGCAGCAUUUGUUACCCUCAUCGUCACCAAAAUCUUCCUGCACAAUUACCCAGCUCCAUCUUUCAGCAAAGGCUUCGUCUUGUCCACUCAGCCGGAAGCAGACUUUGUAUGGAGGCUCGUCCUGAUGCUGGGUGCUGUCCCUGCAGCAUUGACAUUCUAUUGGCGGAUGAAGAUGCCCGAAACUGCAAGGUACACUGCUCUAGUUCAAGGCAACCACAAGAAAGCUGCUAACGACAUGGCCAAAGUUCUGCAACAGGAUUUCUCAAUUGAUCCAGAAUCAAACCCAAACCCCAAAUCCCCAGCAGCAGCUGGUAGACCCCAAUCCUCCUUCGGGCUGUUCUCGUCUGAAUUUUCACGCCGGCAUGGGCUUCACCUAUUGGGGACAACUACCACAUGGUUCUUGCUCGACAUAGGGUUCUACAGCCUGCAAUUGGCACAGAAGGACGUCUACACAGCGAGUGGAUUGUUGAACAAAGCUUCAACCAUGAACGCUCUGGAGGAAACUUACCAGCUGGCCAAGGCGAUGACCAUAAUUGCCCUCCUGGCGACGGUUCCGGGGUACUGGUUCACUGUAUACUUCAUCGACAAAAUUGGGCGUUUCAUCAUACAGUUGGUGGGCUUCCUCCUGAUGUCGAUCUGUAUGGCGAUUUUGGGGCUCAAGUACCACGACCUCAGAGGGGAGAAGACUUACUGCGCCGCCGACUCCGUCAAGGAAUUCUGCGGCGGCAACCGUCUGAUGUUCUCGGUUCUGUACGGCCUGACCCUGUUCUUCGCGAACUUCGGGCCCAACAGCACGACGUUCAUCGUCCCCGCCGAGAUCUUCCCCGCGAGGUUCCGAUCGACUUGCCACGGGGUGUCGGCGGCGGCGGGGAAGGCCGGGGCGAUAAUCGGCGCCUUCGUGGUGCAGAGCUACACGCAGUCAGGGGAUUCGAAUGGGAUCAAGAAGGCGAUGAUCGGGCUGUCGCUAGUGAACCUCCUAGGGUUUUUCUUCACGUUCCUGGUGCCGGAGACGAAAGGGAAGUCGCUGGAGGAGCUUUCCGGCGAUGACAGGGAGCUCGGCAGCGGGGACGAGAAAGCAGUGGCUGUUGAUGUGCCGCCGGGGCCUGUUGCGGCAGCCGGAAAUGCGUAA